AUGCCAAGACGCUACGCGCGCUACGCGCUGGAGACCAAGCUUCGAGUCCUGGAGGUCGCGCGAAGGGGAGGUGUGUGGGAGGAGACCGCUGAGGAGCUUGGUGUUAAUUACAACACCACACGAGCGUGGGUAGCCAAGCACGUGAUGACCCCGACCUCACGCUGCAGACACGUUAACGCAGUAUGUUUCACGUUGAAGCAAAUGCACAAGGAACCGCAAUACAUGAACACUAUGACAAACAAGCAGAAACGCCGGACAUAUCUUGCUGAGCUACAGGAGUACCAAGCUAUGGGAAAGGUCAUCCUAUACAUGGAUGAAGCAAAUUUUAACUUGUGGUCUACACGUACGCGUGGGCGCAGUCUACGUGGCCGCCGUGCAGUGAAGAAGGUAACGGAUUAG